AUGCAGGCACUGAAGACACAAGGAAAGGUUUUCAGAACCGCUUUUACGCUUUGUAUAAAGAAUAUUGAAGCCAAACUUCAAAACGAAACUGCUGAGGUGGAAGAAUUCUCCUUAUUGAAAGUGCAAUUAAAGGACAAAUUUCAAAGAUUAGAAGAUUAUCAGCAAUCAAUAGCUACGAGUUUGCUUCAGGAUGAAGAGAAUGAAUCGUUGUUUGAAACGGAUUUUGUUGAAGCCGAGAAAUACCGUGAUCGUUUUUUAGAAGUAAUGUCACACCUGAAUUUGAAAUUAACCGAGAAAUUGAUUCCGAUCAACCCACCAACAAAAAUAAAUUUCAAGUUACCGCAACUCCAGCUGAAGAAAUUCAAUGGAGGUGCUCGGGAUUAUUUGGCCUUUUGGAGCCAAUUUCAAAAAAUCCCUGCAAACCCGGGUAUUCCCAACGAAAACAAGAUGCAAUAUCUUAUUCAAGCUGUUGAAGAGGGUUCGAAAGCGGAACGAUUGGUGCAGAACUUUCCAGCAACGGCAUCGAAUUAUCAAUUGCCGCAACGAUUUGGGAGAGAUGAUUUAUUGGUACAAAUCUAUGUACGACACAAUAAUAAUGAAGACAUAGUAAUGAAGAACGCUACAUCUAGACGGAUGAAGAUAAGUUUUCCUACCCUAUAUGACGAGCUGGAAGGAAAGUUAAGAGCAUUGGAGAGCCUGGGAAAGACAGGCGAUUUCUUAACACCACUGGUGGAGAGUUGUUUGCUGGAGGAAGUGCUGAUUGCAUGGGACAGAAAAGGAAAUAAGAAACGAAAAAAUGAUGCUUCGAUCACGAAGCGGGUUGAGGAUAAACAUUGUCGAAGGAAAGAGGUUUCCAUUGUGUCGGAAAAACAAACUGGUCCACCCACUGCCGCUGCUUUGGUGAGUUUAAGCAGGCCAGAUCUUUUGGGAAGUCUUUUGACUGGAGAAAUUGUAGAAUUAGAUUGUGGUUUAACUGUGGUUCAUACCAAACUAGGUUGA